ACGCUCGACUAGACAGCUGAUCGACCAAGGUCAGAGCUUUACUUUUCCUCCUUUUACUGGGUGUUGGACCGAUGACAAGUCCCCACACAAAAGUGAAACCGACUCCUAUACUAGUGUGUGGCUCGUGGCCAAUCUUCUCGAUAAUCGCCUCAUUCCGAAAUAGACUCCACGCUUCUCCUUUUUAAAAAGACGGUGUACAUGUUACCCCGUUUGACGUCUUGUUUGUUUUCCUGUGCAAAAACGGCCCUUUUGUUGUGUAUAGGGCCAGCAUCCAGCAGUACAGAGGCUCUUGAGUCAUCCAGACGGUCGACAUAGCAGUCGACUGAGUCGUAAGUCAAUUUCUGUCGAGUAAGGUUGAUCUGUUUUUAGAAGCCCCAACCAACUAGAAAAACAUCUCAUCACUGUAAAUCAAGAAAAACUAUUCCACCCACGCACAAAAAGGGGGGGAAGAACAAAUUGUUGGGAGCACGCUCAUCCGGUUUUUUCCUAUCGUUCAGUUCAGUGAGACGGGCCACCAGAUCGCCACCAGUCGUCCCAUUAUCAGGUGUUAAACAUUUCUCAAAGUAGUACCGGUAAUUAACUUAUUGUAAAAAAUGAGUGGCCAUCACAUGUCGGGCAAGGAUCGGCGUCAGUAUUUCGUCUCGCACGUGACCACCUCCCACAAAAGUGUCGACUUUGCGGAUUACGAGCCGCCGGCAAUAAUAGAAAGUCAGGUGGAAAAAGAAGAAGAAGAAGGUGGAGUCCAGCCAAGUACGUCAUCACCGCCAGCGAAACCUUGUGAUCUCGACGACUCUGCAAUCAACUGCGAUCCCAUCGGACCCGUGGCUCAGUCGCCGUUUUUCGCGGCUCAGAAGGUCAGCGGAUCGAAAUCGUCUCCUCCGGCGGCCCUCAAAUCCAUCAUCAAAUACCCCCAGCAACAACAACAACAACCGACUCCAUCCGCCCUACCCGCUGAAAUCCAUCCGGAACCAGUGAUUCAACACCAGCAGUCGAUCGAAUUCGAAUUGAUUCAACCGCCAACGGUUACGCAACUCGACUGCGAAGUCAUUUUCACCAGUGAAAGGAUCCAGCCGGAAGAGAAAGUAGCACCAAAAGCCUCCGCCACUGUUACCACCACGGCCAACAUCGACAUGUCGAGUGAAAGCAAAGAAAAUCCAACGAUCGCCAUCAACGCUCAUGGCGCCGACGCUUCGGAUCUGUUCGAUCCUUGGUGCGAUCCCAAGAAUCCCAGGAUCGUCCAGUUCCAGGACAUUAGCGCCGCCGCUUUCAAAAUCAAGUCCGGCAUCAUGAUGACGCCGUGCACCCGCUCCCAUCUGUCCAGCAUGACGGAAACGCAAAUCUUUUUCAAAAAGGAUUUCCUCCAAUACACCGGCAGUUUCAAGGAAAGGGGGGCCCGUUACACUCUGCUGAUGCUGCCCGAAGUCAGUCAGAAACAAGGAGUGUGUACCGCUUCGGCCGGCAAUCACGCCCUGGCUCUAUCCUAUCACGGCCAAGAGCUAGGUAUUCCGGUAACGGUCGUCAUGCCUAUCGUGGCGCCCAUCAUGAAAGUCCAAUCUUGUCGCCAAUUUGGCGCCAACAUCAUCAUUCACGGUCGUGAUAUUGGCGAGUCACGCGAGUUUGCCAUGCGGUUGGCCAAGGAAAAGACCCUGACGUACAUUAAUGGCUAUGACCACCCGCACAUCAUCGCCGGCCAAGGCACCAUGGGACUCGAAAUCGUCGAACAGGUGAAGAACAUUGAUGCUGUGGUCGUACCGGUUGGUGGAGGCGGACUGAUUGCCGGAGUGGCCCUAGCUGUCAAAUCGCUUUACCCUCACAUUCAAGUUAUUGGAGUUGAAUCGGAGCGUUGCGCUAGUUUCAGCAGCGCAUUGAAAAUCGGCCAGCCCAUUUACACGAAAGCCGAAUCGACGCUGGCCGACGGUCUGGCCGUGCCCAGAGUUGGAAUUAAUUCUUUAGCGACGGCGGCUCCUCUGGUCGACAAGUGCGUCGUCGUCAAGGAAGAAUACAUUGCCAUGGCUAUCCUGAGAUUGGUGGAGAUUGAAAAGGCUGUGGUCGAAGGAGCCGGAGCCUGCGGAUUGGCGGCCAUUUUGGCCGGAUUGCUGCCGGAAUUGAAAGGCAAACGAGUCGUCAUUCCCCUGUGCGGUGGCAAUAUCGACACCACCGUUUUGGGUCGCUGUCUGGAGCGCGGUCUGGCCGUCGAUGGCCGUCUGGUCAAAUUUAGCGUCACUGUUUCCGACCGUCCCGGUGGCAUUGCCGAACUCUGCCGAUUGAUGGCCAAUCUCGGCGUCUCAAUCAAGGAUAUUUUGCACGAGCGAGCCUGGCUCAAGAGCGACAUCUUUAGCGUCGAGGUUCGAGUCAUGUGCGAAACGAGGGAUGUGGAACACGCUGUCGAACUGGAACGAGUCCUCAAAGAGCACUACAACAAUGUCCAUUUCGGCAAAAUGGCCGAUGCCCUUGGUGGCAGUGGACUGGCGGCCGAAGAGAUUAUGGACUCGCGUUCACCACUAAUCUGAAUGAAAUCAUCUUAUACACCCACCCUAAAACGUCAUAGAUAAAUGGAAAGAGAAACGGAACCUAGAAUUUGUCUUGUUGCCUUGUCAUAGUUUGGCUUAAUGGCUACUCGCUACUGUUUACGAUGGUUGAAUUAUUCAUAACGGCGUCGGAUUUCAAUACACAUCGUCGAUACAAAUAAA